AUGAUAGGUAUUCGACGAAGUGUUAAUUUACAUUUUCUCACGGAUAUCAAGUAUUAUACCGGUGUUCCACAAGGUUCAUCACUUGGACCACUUCUCUUCAUUUUAUUCAUCAACGACAUACCACUUGUUAACAAAGAAUGCAAUUCCUACAUCUAUGUAGAUGACACCACCUUGGUCAAGUCAGGGACAUCCAUCAACACUGUUAGAUCACAUCUACAAACUGGUGCUGACAACUUAAGUAACUGGGCCUCCGAGAAUAGAAUGGCCAUCCAUCCCAACAAGACUAAGGUCAUGCUUAUUGGAUCACGACAAAAACUUUCAACCAUCAACGAACCGCUCAACGUUUCUAUCUGCGGAACCACCAUCUCCCAAACAACCUGCGAAAAACUACUUGGUGUGCACAUGGAUGACUCACUCACAUGGAACACCCAUAUUUCUCACGUUAUCAAGAAAUACAACAACAAACUUGAACUUGUGAAACGAGCCAAACCUUACCUUACACCCAAGCUCCUCCUUCUCCUUUAUAACAGCAUAGCAAAGCCAACACUCGAGUAUUGCUGUAGCGUUUGGGGUAAUUGUAGUACAGACGCUCUUGGACGUGUAACAUCUGCCCAAAAACGUGCCGCGAGGAUUCUACUAAACGCUGAUUACACUAUCCCAUCAAUAACCUUAUUCAAAGAAAUCAACCUUAUCCCAAUUCAUGACACCAUUCGCCACCGGAUCCUACUACAGACGUUCAAAUGCAUACAUGACAUCAGUCCACCAUGCCUCAGCACCCUCAUGGAAAAACCAACCCACCACCAUUCAACAAGAGCUAUUGCGAAUAAUAAUGUACACAUCCCAAAAGCAAGAUCUAACGCAGGAAAACGACGAUUUUCAUUUAUAGCAUCUACCUUAUGGAACAAUUUCCCUAACGAGGCAAAGAAAAUAAUAUCGCAGCCGUCAUUCAACACAUAUUGCAAGAGUUACUUUAGUCAGAAACUCGUGAGUUCAACUAAACUUAACAGCAUAAGGCUUUAUUAA